UACGUCAUCAGAAGAGUCCACUUAAUUUGAGGGUUGAGGGGAUAGGGUGUCAUUUAAGAUUUAAAACACAGCCAAUGAUAAAUAUACAUAUUUUACAUUGUUUGCAAACUGAUAUGUAACAUGUAUUAAUGACAAAAUAACAUGCAAAACAGGCAAUUCACUCCCACCAUUUUUCAUUCGUAUUUAUUUAUACUUUUUUUGCUAAAAUUGUGGGGCUCUCACCUGCCCUGAAUGACGGGUCGCCACUGCGCGUGUCACAGGAACAUCGCAAAGAAGUCGACGUGACGCCGACCAGCUGGAGGCUGAUACACAGCCAAUACAGGAGGUGGCGGCAUGCACCUAUCAUUUGUAUGCGCAUCGCCUUCUUCGAGAUAGAACAUCUCAAAGAAGUCGACGUGACAUCGACCAGCUGGAAUAAAUAGCCUACACCCCUGGUUGAGAAUGGACGCGGUUGCUGACAAUUUUGCAAUGAUGGGAAGCAUUAUUGGAUAACUUUUAAACAUCGUUGGAAUGGAUGCCGCUGCACUCACUUCCUUCCCCUUUGGAGGAAUCGUUGUCUCAUCCGUUUUUGCGAUCUUUCUCCUGGCCCUCAUGCUCUUGUCAUGCCGCGGCAGGAACCAAGAGGUGAUAGGAGCGGGCCGUGCGGUGCUGAUAACGGGCUGUGACAGCGGAUUCGGUCAUCAACUGGCCCGCAGGCUGGAUGCUCAGGGGUUUGUGGUCUUUGCCGGUUGUCUGUUUCCCAACGGAGACGGUGCCCAAACUCUGCACAGAGAGAGCUCCAGCAAUAUAAACAUUCUCAAGCUAGACGUCACUAAAGAUGAAGAUGUGACACAGGCAAGGACUGUGGUCCAAUCGAACCUGCCAGAGAAAGGGCUUUGGGCAGUUGUGAACAAUGCUGGCAUCUUAGACUGGUCAGAGACAGAGUGGAACACCAUUGAUGAUUAUCGCAAUAUGGCUGAGGUCAAUUUAUUUGGCAGCAUCAGGACCUCCAUAGCUUUCCUCCCAUUGGUUCGUGCCUCAAAAGGACGGAUGGUGUACGUCUCAAGCAUCUUUGCCUUCUUCAACUGUCUGACCAUGGGGGCCUACAGUAUGUCAAAGAGAGGACUGGAGGCGUUUGCAGACUGCCUGCGGGUAGAGAUGGACUGUUUUGGAGUAAAGGUGAGCAUCAUCCAGCCAGGUAACUUUGGUCCUGCUACCAGCAUCCUGAGGCGGAGAACAGGGACAGAAAUCUGGGAGAAACUGGACGAGGAGCGUCAACAGAUGUUCAACAGACAGUAUGUGGACCUGGCUAAUAACUACCACAUGUCUACAUGUAUGACUGGCAACCAGGACAGCAGCCUGGUCAUAGACGCUAUGGUGGAAGCCCUCACAGCAGACAGACCUAAACGCAGAUAUCUGUUGGUCUCUAAGCUGGAUAUGUUGUUCUUCUAUUCCUUUCCCUAUCUGCCGACAUGCGUCACUGAUGCAGUUUUCUACCUCAGUCCCAUGUACAACAAAAGAAAAGCGAUGCUUUAUUCCAAAUAGAGAAUAUCUGUAUUAUGAGUGACAGUAGAGGAAGUAUAUUGCUUUGUGUUAUGUUGUAAUGUGCAGUAUUUUUACAUUGCACUUCUCACUUAUUCUGUGUUGCAAACUUGCAUGUGUCCCAAAUUCUCUGGGAAAUGUAUGCAUUCCUUCCCACCAACAAUACAUUCGGGAAGAAUAGAAGAUGUUCGGGACGUUACUAAGAGGAUUCAAUGGCAUGUUACUGGGUCUUGCAGCUGCUUGCCUCAUUCAUAACCACAAAAUUACAUAUUUACCUGAUUUGUUUUAUAUUAAUAGUUAGGAAUUGAUACAUAACAAAUAGGAGGAUAUUUCUGUCCUGUUAGUGUCUGUGUUUUUAUGGUCUCCCCUCUUGUUUCCUGCAGAUAAUCUGGGUGUAUGGUCACCAGAGAUGGCUUGAGCUGACAAUUUAGUUAGACUGCCUUACAUAGACAAGAUGUGGUGGGUCUAACCGAGAUGGAGAUAGCCAGGAGGAGUUUAGAACAAUUCCUCAUUGUCUCUAAAUCAUCUAAGCCAGGGCGGGGUAAAGACAACAACCCACGUGCAGAUAACGGCAGGAUGAACCCAGAGUGGUUUGAUGCUCCUUGGUCUGCAUGAGGGGGGUUGAACCAACCAUGACAGAGCAUUGUUAGUGUCAGCUAUAUAUAGUACUCUGCAUUUGUGUAAAGGUUAGGUUACUCAGUCCAACACAAGGGUGGAGGGUCGACCAGCCUAAUUAUUGCAAUAAUUAUUCGAUAUUUAAUAAAGAUGAUUGUUUGAAGAAAUUACCAAAUCUCUCUCAGUACUACAUUUCCACGACAGUAUACAGAACCUACACUACAUGACCAAAAGUAUGGGGACACCUGCUCUUCAAACAUCUCAUUCCAAAAUCAUAGGCAUUAAUAUGGAGUUGGAAAGGCUUCUGGGAAGGGACUUGCUUCCAUUCAGCCACAUCAUGUCUGUGUGCUCAAUUUUAAACACCUGUCAGCAAUGGGUGUGGCUGAAAAAGCCGAAUCCACUAUUUUUAAGUGUUGUCCACAUACUUUUGUAGAUAUUGUGUAUGUGGUUGUUUUAUUCAAGAAGUGGUAUGCAACGUUAUUUAUACCAGUUUGUAUUUCUCAGUUU